GUUAUGAAAGCAGCAUGAGACCUACUAGAGACAAGGUCAAGUUGUAUAUUGGUUCAACACGCGGAGAAUUGUCAGUGUCGCUUAGCUAAACUUCGAAAUGUGUAACGUUAUGCCGCCAUGAUAACGAUUUGGUUUGUAACCGAUAAAUACUAGACGAUUGAUUAUUCUAUUUCCUUUUUAUUGUGCUAUUUGCUCUAUUGAUUGCAAUCCGCUACAAAACAUCGCAAGUUGAGCUGCGAGUGAUAGCUUUCACUUGGGGGGUGGGGUGGGAUUGGAUUGUCAGGAGCGGUCCGGAUGAGUUCGGAACAGUGUCUGGCGCUACAGCAGAAGGAGGUCAAGUCGGGAUCGGACGAACGUGUGCAAGGGGAGAUAAUAUCGAAAGAUCAAGGCGGAAUGGUAACCACAAAGGGAGCAGGUCUGAACCCCAAUGCCAAAGUCUGGCAGGAGAUCUCUGCACCCCAGAGCCAAGUCCCAGAUGAGGGCAUAGAGGGCCCCUACUUGCUCCAGAUGACCCCUAACUCUGCUGAUGUCACUGAGGGUUACUCAGAGGUCCCUCCUACUGAGGCUAAGGGGUAUGGCAUGGGGUACUCGGACCCCUCCUUGGACAGCAGUGCCCCUGCACCCACAGAGGGGGUAGUGAACGGCAUGGACCCCCCUGAGCUGGGAUACCCUCUCUAUGACCCUGUGACCGGUUCAGCAGUGGAGGAAAAGCAGCCCCUCUUAGAGGUGAGCAUCAGAGAGUGUCUGAAGAAACAGCUGGAGUUCUGCUUCUCCAGAGAGAAUCUGUCCAAGGACUUGUACCUGAUGUCCCAGAUGGACAGUGACCAGUUUAUCCCCAUCUGGACCAUCGCCAGCAUGGAGGAUGUCAAGGUCCUCACCACUGACAUGGACCUGAUUCUGGAGGUGCUACGAGCCUCGCCCAUGGUGCAAGUUGAUGAGAGUGGGAAAAAGGUUCGGCCCAACCACAAGCGCUGCAUCAUCAUUCUGAGGGAGGUGCCCGAGACCACACCGGUGGAGGAAGUGGAGACCCUCUUUAAUAAUGAAAACUGCCCCGAAGUGCUUAGUGUUGAAUUUGCGGCCAAUAACAACUGGUACAUCACGUUCCGGUCGGACACUGAUGCACAGCAGGCCCACAGAUAUCUAAGGGAAGAAGUGAAAACAUUUCAGGGAAAACCCAUCAUGGCUCGUAUCAAGGCCAUCAACACAUUCUUUGCAAAGAAUGGCUACCGUAGCGUACUGGACUCCAGUGUGUACAGCCAGCAGGGCCAGUCUCAGUCCCAGUACACCUCUACACACCACUACAUGCAGCAGGUGUUCAGCCCCCAGCAGCAGUACCCUCUCUACCCCCUGGUGCCCCCCACCUGGAACCCAUCGCCUGCCCCUUAUUUCGAGACCCCACUGGCCCCGUUCCCCAACAGUGGCUUUGUGAAUGGCUUCAGCGCCCCUGGGAACUACAAGACUGGCACCUGUCCCCUGGGCCUCGGACGAUCGCCCUUCAACAGCAACCGUGUCCCCCUCUAUUCCAGAAAGAAUGUAAUCAAUGCCUUCAGGAACCAUGUGAAGAGCCAGCCCCAGCCAUGUGAUGAAACCCUACUUCCAUCUGUGACCCCCGUACCCCCCCUGGUGGAUGGCCUGUCUGGCCCCUCCAGCCCUCAGCCACCCCGCAUGACUGGGGCUCCCCUGAUUAGCACCCCUGAACCUGGCUCUGCUCUCACCUCUUACUGCCUCAGGGACACCCUCCCACUGGCUUCAGAGGGGAUGUCUAACGGAGACCUGGGCAUUGCUGGCAGAAGCAGGAGAGGCAGCUACCGAGGGAUGCGCAGAAGGAGAGAGGACGAGCGGCUCAUGAGGCCCAUCCCUCUGAGCGAGGUUAAGGUUCCACAGCCCAAAUUUGACUUGGCAACCUCCAACUUCCCUCCGUUGCCUGGGUGUACGGUCAGCCUGCAGGGAGAAGAGCCCGUGCUGGAGACGCGCAUGUCUGACGUGGUGCGGGGUGUUAAGGUGGUGACCAGUGACAAACCUGAGGUGAAUAAGGAGUCUGUGGCCCCUCCUGUUAGUACCCAGGAGCGAACUGGGAGCGCGCCCAGUCCUGUCAUACCAGCCCUCAAACCCCCCACCCCUCUAGUUGUGCAGCCCCAUGUUCCAAGUGUUGCUCACCCGGUAGAGAAGCCUGAGCCACAUGUCCAAAGGGAGGCUGCUAGAACCCCCACACCACCCUCUUCUUUGCCAACCCCAUCACAGCCCGCUGCUGCUACCAAACCCACCCCUAUCCCCACCAGCAGUCAGUCCAUCUCCACGACAACACCAGUCCCCGCUGCCCCCACUACCACACCGGAGCCAAGGAAGCUGAGCUAUGCUGAGAUGUGCAAGCGGCCAGCCACCCAGCUCCCAGCCCCCAGCACCUCUCCCAACCCUCCCAUCACGUCUGCCAGCCAACCCCUGCAGGAGCUUCGGGUCAACAAGGCCGACGAGCCUGCCGCCUCCAGCAGCAGCAAUGGCGACAGGCCAGAGAAACCUGAGGGGUCUGGAGAAGGCCUGCCCCUUCGUGACCCCCUGGGCACAUACCGUUCAGGUAACGGCCCUGCCCGAUCCGGAGGGAUGGGCCUAAAGUACCGGGAUCAGCAGCGUGGUGCCUCUAUGAGACAACGGAUCUCCCCUCACGGCUGGGCUAGAGGGAGUGGGAAGGAACAGAACAUUCCACCCCGGUCGCCGAAGUAGUUUAAACCACAACCAACAGACUAACAGGAAAACAAACAUCUCUAUAUGUUAAGACAGAAAUAUAUGAAUAUAUAUGAUUGGAUGAAAGAACAUGUGCGUUCUUAAUCUAGAAGACCCUCCUGGAGCUCAGUCGGACACACACUGACCUUUGUUUGGGAAAACACUGAAAGCGGUAAUCAUUUUAAGUGGGGGUGAACAUGAGUGUCACAACACAAACUGAAGGACUUGUUUGAAAGAACAGUGAGAUGCUGACAUGUGGCCUCACCUUGGUUAGCUUGAAGAAUGGGCCCUCCGCUAAAUCAAUUAAUUUUAUUUUUAUGUGAAAGUGGGGUUUGAGAGAAGGGGGACAAAUGUAUGGAAAGUAAAGCCUUGUAUCUCAAAUACCAGUAGUUGCAAAAUAAGAAACAACAGUUGAGCUGUUAGCAAAUCUAGUUUAUAUGCAACAAAGCAAAAGAUGUGGAUAUCCACCGAUAUGACAACUGAGUUGAUACUACUUCCUUUUAAAAAAUUAUAUUGAGGGAGGGAUUAGUAGUGUAUUGUUCAUUAACUGUGUGGAAAUGUGCUUUUAUGAAGGUUGGAAGCAAGAGAUGGCCACAUGGUUCAGGAGUUGUUCUGAGAGUUGGGAAACCUGUCAAGUCAAGCUGCACAUUCAUUUAGGUGAAGAAACAGUCUUCGACAUGUCUGCUUUUAGUCUGGAAUUUAAAAAAAGUUUUAACCAGUGGGGAAAUGUGAAUUAAAAUCGAUGCAUUUCUUUUCAUGGUUGACGGAAAAUGUUGGUACACCCUUGCGUAAGUACAACAUUGAAAAUGUUACAAUAGUGCAUGAAUACUUGAGCAGUGCAAAUUUGGGGAAGUGUUUGUAUAGUCAGACUGAUGUAACUGAAUUGUUAUAUUUUUUUUAUCUUCAUUUACUCUUUCUUCCAUACAGAUGGUUAAAUGUUUGGCUGUGUAUGUCAUGGGUAAAGGCUCAUAGAGGGAGUAGUCUUCCCUUAGUUUAGACAUUCAGCUAUUGAGACUCACAUCCUAGACACUAAUGGUGUAUGUAACUGGCUGGCUUUUCAUGAAUUCUACAGUGUUGUACAUAGCCAUUUAAGAAGAGCAGUUAAAAAAAUAAAAGCUGUGGCUUGAGUAGAAGCUGUACCUAUUGUAUUAAUCUUUACAAUUCUAUUUCCCAACCUAUGUGGUCAAAUGCAGGUUCAGCAUUGAUAUAUAUACUUUUAUUUUAUGUCUUGAAAGUCAAAUAGAAACCCUUCCACCCCCGAUAUCUGUUCAGUUCAACGUGUUCUAUUACCAUAUCUGUGCAACAGCCUCCCGGGUAGUCUUUCAUGCAUUUUGGUUGGUUGUAUCAUGUAGAGUAGGCUAGAUGGUAUUUCAGAGUAGUAAUGGCAGAUUUAGUGCAAUGGUAUCCCAAGCAUGAAACUGGUCUCUGGAAUUCGAUGUAUUCAAACUUGCUCAUUUAAAAUGGCAAAAAUAGGCCUGAAUUCUGAAGCAAGUGAAUACUCAAUUCUCAUUAGGCCGUGUCUAGAUUUAAUAGUUAAUACUGUUUUAGUAUUCUGAUCAUAGUCCUAUAAUCAUGGAUUUCUGAACGCGUCAUGCAUCUACGUGUAAAAUGUCUGGUGUCCGUAUGCCCUUUUCCCGCGCUACAUUAAAAUGCUAGUAUGCGUCUACGAACGGUGGAAUAGGUCAAGUAUGACAACACAAUUGAUGGCUGUAGCUACCAAGCAACGCUAAGGGGAUUGCAAACGGGUUAACAACACUAGCCAAACAUUGUUUUCCAAAAUAUUAGCUAGCUGGCUAGCAUUUGAGUCCAGAAAACACGUUCCUUGCGUUAGAGGAACGUAUUUCCUCAAGUUAAAUUGAAAUGGUGCCUCCGUCCCAAAACAAGUUUUCUGGAGACGUUUGGGUGGAGGGCUAAUGACGUCGAUCACUGUAUGCGCUUUCGGUAGGCUGAUUGCGUCAGGAUUAGAUGGUUAUUUUUCUACGUACGUGUCAUGUUUUGAUUUUCUCUUGGAUAUGCAUUAAAAUAUUCAAAUCUAAUUAUGUUUGAGGUCUGUACAUGUCAAUUGAUUGCUAAAAGAAAACUUGAGAGUAUUUGUCGUUCACAUGUCACUGAUUUUGUAUUUUGUAAAACAUUUUUAGGAACUCAGGUGGUCUCAAUGUAAUGUUUAGAGUUAGAAUAGUGAUUACAAAAGGUACAAUUUAGACAUUUUGGUUGGGCAUAAGCAGUUUUCCCCUUGUCAGUCACUCUUAGCCAUGUCAGCAAAUACUUUUUAGAUUGGUAAAUUAGUCUAGCAGGCUAUCUAAACUUGUAUUAGCACUGACGAAACCCACCAGGCAUGCAGGGCACUGAUUUUGUUAAUCACUCUCACUUGGAUCUCAUGUUAACAUUGCAUAAGUCAUUGCACAAUGUAGAAUUAGUCUAGCAGGAAAUUGGCUUUAACACUGCACAGAUUCCUCUCCAUCCCAUGGCAGUAUAUGUUUUAUAAAUUUGCAAAACUCUCUCUGCCCCAUGGCAAAAGGUGUAUAAUUUAGGAAAUUUAACUUUAAAAUUAAAUUAUUUCUCUCUGCUGUCAAGAGGGGGUGCAUCAUUCUCACCUAACCAAAUUACGCUGCGGGGCCCCAAAAGGGUGCAUCUUUUCAUGAGUGUGGGUCCCAGAAAAACAUGAUCUAAAUUGGGUCCCAGGCUGAAAAAGUUUAAGAACCCCUGCUUUAGAGUGAUGUCUUCAAAUAUAAAUGUUAGAGUUGACUAGAUGUGGUGGGCAUCAAUCUUAAUAUCUGUUCUCUCUAUGCUCUUACAAACUCAUAAUUCAUCCUUUUUGUGUGUGAAUGGAUUGAACAUCUGGACCAAAGUCAAGCAAGCAAAAAUACAAUUUUGGGAACUUGCUCAAAUCUGUGUGGGAAGUGGCGAUCAAAUGUUGCUGAAAUGGCAUUGGCCAGUCAUGGCUUGAUGUUUGAGAGAAGCCACUUCAUAAGUGGUCUGAAUUUUCUUGUACCGAUUUUGCGCCUAGCAGGCUAGUCUUUAGUCUGUUUGUUAGAUGACUGUUGCAAUUUUAUUUUUUCUCUUUCUGGUCUGCUGUAUUAGUGAGCACAUUUAGAUUAAAUGUUUUGAGAGUUCUGCAGUUUGACAUUUUUAAAAUGUAUUGUAACUAAUAUACCUUUUUUUUGUGGCUUUCCCCCCCCUAAAAUGGUUGAUGUAAUAGUUGAGUUCAAUAUCUGAUUUGAGACUUGGCUAAAGUGAAUUCGGUGCAUUGCCUGGGUGCUAGCAGUGCAGUAACAUGUUAUCUAUGUAAUCACUGGGCCUGUACUGAUUUUUAUAUUUUACAUCCAUUUACUGGCUAAACUACAAGCAGGUAGUGGUGUUGGGGAAUGAAAUGCAUUAACUUUUGUUUUAAAAUCUCCCAUGUUGUGUAAAAUCUUUCUAGAUGUCUAAAGAAAAGGUGUUUUUAGCAGGCUUCCUGAAGUUAUUACAGGAGUAGGGGUUUAUUUCUAUUUUACUGUUGAUUGUUCUAGCAUUUCUCUACUGGGACAAGUGUUUUUUUUAGGGGGUGCAGGUGGGACAUAGUAACAGAAGUGGGGUGUGAGACACUGAAUUACUGAUUUAGUAGAGGUCUGAUCAGAAGUUAAAAUAAAGUACAUGUUUUGGCCUUUCUGAUAAUGUUUCUGGGUCCUGUGCUUGCAAUGAUUUUUGCUGUCUGUGUAUUUUAAAUGUUUGCCAUGCUCAGUAGUUCUGUGGUCUUGUACCAGAUGUCUGUAUUAAGAUGUUUCAGGGUGCUUGUAUGACUCUUCACCAGUCCUACUUUUACUGUCCCCAAAAAUAUUUCAGGCCUAACUAAAAUUCCAGUGCCUUCUCCAGUGUUGAGGUUUCCUUCUCUGCAAAGUAAAAGUAACAUGAACACUUUAAUUUGGUACACGGCAGGUUUUUUUGGUUUAGUGGACAGACAAAUACAUGGCUCACACUCAGAAUUUAUACAUUAAACUUUUGUGUGUAGGCUGUCACAAAUUAAUGUAUGCGCCUCGCAUGACAAUGCUGAAAUUGUAAUACGCUGCUUCAACAUAACAGCUCUUUUGAAAACCAGUGAAAAGGUGAAGCAAGUCGGUUGGUGUGAGCAGGAAUAUAUACAUACCGGUUUACUGUCGUGAAUGUAUCAUUGCAAACAUGUACGAGAAUAAACAUUUUAAACACCAUUGUAUUUACUGAAUCAAACUA